AUGGCCACCUACGAGGAUGAGCGCAUAGGCCAUACGCCGUGGGUCGAGAAAUACAGACCCAAGAAACUAGACGAUGUCGCUUCACAGGGCCACGCUGUGAAAGUGCUCAAGAAAACCUUGGAGCUGGCCAACUUGCCCCAUAUGCUCUUCUACGGGCCUCCAGGCACGGGUAAAACGUCCACGGUGCUUGCAUUGGCAAAACAGUUGUACGGACCAAAGUUGUAUAAGCUGAGAGUGUUGGAGUUGAAUGCCUCGGACGAACGUGGUAUUUCGAUCGUGAGACAAAAGAUUAAGAACUUUGCCCGGUUGACGGUGUCGAACCCAUCGCCUGAGGAUUUGAGAGAUUACCCGUGUCCUCCGUAUAAGAUUAUCAUUUUGGACGAGGCAGACUCCAUGACCAACGAUGCCCAGUCUGCGUUGAGAAGAACAAUGGAGAAUUACUCGCUGGUGACGCGGUUCUGUUUGAUCUGUAAUUACAUCACGAGGAUCAUCGACCCGUUGGCAUCGAGAUGCUCAAAAUUCAGGUUCAGGGCCUUGGAUAGCGAGAACGCGUUGCAGCGUUUACAGUAUAUUGUCAACGAAGAAAACGUGCCUUUGGAAGGUGACUCUGUGCUCGAAGAAAUCAUCAAAGUCUCGGGCGGUGAUUUGCGUAAAGCCAUCACAUACCUACAAUCUGCCGCAAGGCUUUCGACGUCAAUGGACUCCAAGGAGGCUGUCACGGGAGAAAAAAUCAGGGAAAUUGCUGGCGUCAUUGACGAAGGUCUAAUUAGAAAGAUUAUUCUGGCUAUUCGCAGUAAAGAUCAUAAGGUGAUAGCUGCUCAAAUAGAAGCAGUGGUGUUCGAAGGCUGGAGUGCUCAGCAGGUUGCCGACCAGCUUCACGAUGCCCUUGUGUUAGACGAUACCUUGUCUUCUCAAGAAAAGAAUAGCAUUGCCCAUUAUCUUUUUGAAUCAGACAAAAGGUUGAACCAUGGCACCGACGAGCACAUCCAGCUCCUCAACUUAUCUCUACAAAUCAGCCAGGCGUUGCUGUAA